AUGUCCGACGACGAGGGUAUUUCCAUUUACGACGAGGUUGAGAUCGAGGACAUGACCUUUGAUGAGGCCAUGGGAGUUUACCAGUUCCCUUGUCCUUGUGGCGACAAGUUUCAGAUCACCCUAGAGGACUUGCUAGAUGAGCAGGAUAUCGCUGUCUGCCCCAGCUGCAGUCUCAUGAUCCGAGUUAUCUUUGACUUGCUAAUAUCUCCCAGGACGAUCUACCAAAACCUCCCACUUCAGGCGCCUCUGGCGGACAGGUCCCCAUCACUGCCUGAGCCGACCGGAAAUCAUGAUAGAAACAUGAUACAAAUUGCAACUACCAUGUGA